AUGGAGAAAACGUUGCCCAUCCAUACUCCGCCAUCUCCAAGGUCUACCAGAGGUGGCGCCGUCAGGUUUGCUAAGUUUGUCUACCUUGCUGCGUUCCUAGGGACUGCUGCGUAUAUUUUGUCUGAAGCAUACGGAUUCUAUUACGCGGUCCAUAAGACAGCUCCUCCUCACGUAGCCGCUGCCCUCGCACGUUGCCGUUCUCUCAGUUUACCCGCUGGUCCUGCUCCAAAUUUCCACCACCGCAAGGAGUCGGAUCGUUUCGUCCCUGGCACAAAACCACAUCUGCUCAAAAAUGCUAGGAUCUGGACCGGUGCAGACAAUGGCACCGAAGUCAUUCACGCCGACGUCCUCCUCGAUAAGGGCUUGAUUAAGGGCAUUGGGCACGUCAGUCGUUCCUCCCUCCAAGCGUACAAAGACGACCUCGUUGUCAUCGACGUGAAGGGCGCUUGGGUCACCCCAGGUAUCGUUGACUUGCACUCGCACAUCGGUGACUCGUCCAGUCCUGCCCUAGAAGGCGCGAGUGGAGACGAGAAUUCUAUCCAGGGCCCGAUUCAGCCCUGGCUCAGAUCUCUGGAUGGACUCAAUACCCACGAUGAGUCGUAUGCACUCUCCAUCUCAGGUGGUGUCACGACUGCGCUCGUCUUGCCGGGUUCCGCCAAUGCUAUCGGUGGACAAGGGUUCACAAUCAAACUCCGCAAAACGUCAGAACGUACUCCGAGUUCCAUGCUACUUGAACCACCUUUCCAAAUCAACUCUUCUUUCUUGGAAACCGCAGAACGACCCAGAUGGCGUCAGAUGAAACAUGCCUGUGGAGAGAACCCGAGCCGAGUAUACGACUUCACUCGGAUGGAUACUGUAUGGGCAUUCCGCGAGGCGUACAACAAAGCGAGACAAAUCAAGGAGUCGCAAGAUGCCUAUUGUGCUGAUGCGCUUGCUGGUAACCAUGCUGUUCUGGGCAACACGCCAUUCCCGGAAGACCUCCAGUGGGAGGCACUCGUGGAUGUUCUCCGAGGAAGAGUCAAGGUGCAAGUCCAUUGUUACGAGACCGUGGACCUGGACGACAUCGUGCGGUUGACGAACGAGUUCCAAUUCCCCAUCGCUGCUUUCCAUCACGCCCAUGAAGCAUAUUUGGUGCCUGACACACUGAAGAAGGCCUACGAUCAUCCCCCUGCGGUCGCCAUGUUUGCUACGCAUGCAAGGUACAAGCGCGAGGCCUACCGAGGCUCUGAGUUUGCUCCCAGAAUUCUUGCACAGAAUGGAUUAAGCGUUGUCAUGAAGAGCGAUCAUCCCGUGCUCGACUCUAGGCAUCUCCUGUAUGAGGCUCAGCAAGCAUAUGUGUAUGGGCUACCGGAGAACUUGGCUAUUGCUGCUGUUACUAGUACAUCAGCCGAAAUUAUGGGCAUGGGCCAUCGUGUUGGUUAUAUUAAAGAAGGCUGGGAUGCCGAUUUGGUAAUCUGGGACAGCCAUCCUCUCGCCCUUGGCGCGACACCGAAACAAGUGUUCAUUGAUGGCAUUCCUCAGCUGGAGAACCCAUAUGUUAUUGGCAAGCCCUCGUCGUUCCAACAGAAGCCACGCGUCCCCAACUUCGACAAAGAGGCUGCGGAUGCAAUUAAAUACGAGGGCCUUCCCCCACUGGAGCCUAAGAAGGCUGACUCCGAUGUCGUUCUAUUCACAAACGUCAAGAACGUGUUCAGGCGUGAAGGAGGUGAAGUUCGUGAGGCUUCUAUUGGUCAAGAUGAACAUGGCGUGGUAGUGGUGGAAAACGGCUCCAUCACAUGCUCCGGAAAAUAUGCCGCCUGCAUCACUCCGUCGCUCCUCGCGGACGCUCAGGUUAUCGACACUCGCGGUGGUUCUGUUGCGCCUGGGUUGGCCACCUUCGGUGCUCCACUUGGCCUAGAAGAAAUCGCGGGAGAAUCGUCGACCAAAGAUGGCAACGUAUAUGAUCCUCUCCUUCAGACCGUUCCGUCUGUUGUUGGUGGAAAUGGUGCACUCAUUCGUGCCGCGGACGGCCUUCAAUUUGGUGGGCGCGAUAGUGUGACCAAAGCUAUUACCGCUCCAGAGCAUAGCGGUUUCUUCGCAGGUCUCAGCACAUCAUUCUAUACCGGCGCUCUCAACAAACUUGAAGAAGGUGCAGUGAUUCAGAAUGUGAACGCUGUGCACGUCACCGUCAGACACUUUGGCGGCGCGCCGAGUAUUAGCACUCAGAUUGCGGCCCUCAGAAGACUACUAACCGAGUCAGUCGAGGGUGAAGCCGGAAAGUGGUUCAAGGAUGUCAGCGAGGGAAAAGUUACUCUGGCAGUCGAAGCAGAUAGCGCGGACGUCAUCGCUACAUUGAUAGUUCUGAAAAAAGAAGUGGAGGCAAAGUUCGGCAGCACAGUGAAGAUGACCAUAACCGGCGCACUCGAGGCACACAUUCUUGCUCAAGAGCUGGCCGAGGCCAACGUCGGCAUCAUCCAAGUCCCCACCCGACCAUUCCCUACUACAUGGGAACGACUCCGGAUCCUUCCCGGAAACCCUCUAACCGAGCAAAGCUCCCUUGCUGUACUGCUCUCUCACAAUGUUACUGUGGGUAUUGGUAUCGAAGAAUCGUGGAGCGCUCGCAACACUCGCUUCGACAUCGGCUGGGCUGCUUUGGAAGCCGGGGGCCUCAUCUCGAAAGAGCAAGCAAUCGCCCUCGGCUCAACGAACGUCGAGACGCUGCUGGGUGGUGAAGUCGAGGCUGAGGGUCUGCACGACAUGGUAGUCACCGAAGGGGGUGACUUGCUGGAUCUCGAGAGCAAGGUCAUUGCGAUCAUUUCCCCGAGACGUAGCCUGGUUCACCUGCUAUAG